UCAUUUCGAGUCGACCGUCUGGACGAUCUCCUCGUCCUGAUCACUGGCGCACCCCGGGAAAACAGAGAGAACGUGAGGCUCGUGAAGAUAGAUCGAACCCGAAGCAUACUUAGAGACAGGGUGCGGUGUCUCAUUACUUGGCCUCGCAAAACGAAGAAACCAGAGAAAACUGAGAACAGAGAAGCUGCUGCCACUGUCACCUCCAUGGCCACCUCCUCUCCCGUGCUUGCCCUUCUCCUCUUCUUCUCGGCCGGCGUCAUCGUCCCGGGACGCACAUCGGCCGGCGCCGUGCCCACGGCGUCGCCGCUGCAGCAGCUGUGCGGGAGCCUGGGCAGCUUCUACGUCACCCCAGAGCUCUGCACAUCCGCGCUCUGUUCAUCCCCAACCUCCCGCUGCCGCUCCGCCGGUAACACUGCGCAGCUGGCCGCCCUCGCGGCCAGUCUCGCGGCGGCCAACGCCACGGCGGCAAAGGCCAGCCUCGAGUCCGCGCUCUCCCUCUCCCUCGCCAGGGACACGGAGCGCGCACGCCAGGCACGGGCACCGACGCCAUUGGCGCAGGCGAGGAAGGGGAUCCGGUCGUGCCUGCAGCUGUACGAAGGCGCGGUCCCGGCGCUGCGGUGGGCGGCGCGGGCCGUGGCGGCGGGGCGGUACCGCGGCGCGCGGGAGGUGCUGGAGGCGGCGCAGUACGUCGCGUCCGGAUGCGCCGGCAUGGCCGGCGGCGGCGAGGGCGAGGCGGCGAAGCUGAUGCCCCUGGAGAACGACCGGUUCGGGUCCAUGGCCAUCGUCGCGCACGCGGUCGUCGCCUCCAUGUCCGCUGCCUAAUUGAUUGAUAAAUGAUAAUCACCCCAGCCACGUUGUGACUAAACCCCCUAUUCUGGUGUGAUGUGAGACCUAGUAGUUAUACUCCCAUGAUGUUUAAUCAUGUCUCUGAAUAACUCUUUCAGUAAUUAGUUAGCGUGAAGUAUUCUUAGUGGUGUUUAUUUUUCAAACAAGGCAACAAAUCGUUUUUAUUUUUUGUUUUGGACAGGUUUGUAUUGACUAAAGCUUGUUACUCAUUUGAAAUAAUACUUCAUACAUAAUGGUUCUUGA